CUUUCACUCCACUCCACUACACCUAGUCAAAAAAAUAAUAAUAUUAUAAUAAAAAAAAUAGAUUCCGUUACUUCCUUCACAUUCAUUCUCCUACUCAUUCUCCUCUCACUCUCCGCCGCCGCAAAUAGGAAUCUCCGGCGUAGUAAAAGCGGUAGGGUUAGGGUUUUCAUCAGCGAAAAUAUGGAAGGUGUAAUUGGUCUUGUUAACAAAAUACAGAGAGCUUGUACGCUUCUAGGUGAUUACGGUGAUGAUCGGACUUUGCCUACUCUUUGGGAUGCUCUACCUACUAUCGUCGUCCUCGGUGGACAGAGUUCCGGGAAGUCGUCGGUGUUGGAGAGCAUUGUUGGACGGGAUUUUCUCCCUAGAGGAUCAGGGAUUGUAACAAGAAGGCCAUUGGUUUUGCAACUUUACAAGACUGAGCCAGGACAGCAAGACUAUGCACAGUUUCUUCACACAGGAAAUAGAAAGUUUCUUGAUUUUGCUUUGGUAAGAUCAGAGAUUCAGGAAGAAACUGACAGGGUGACUGGCAAGACCAAACAGAUUUCUCCUCUUCCUAUUAAUCUCAGCAUCUACUCUCCAAAUGUUGUCAAUUUGACUUUGGUAGAUUUACCUGGUUUAACAAAGGUUGCUGUUGAGGGACAGCCUGAAAGUAUAGUUCAGGAAAUUGAAGAUAUGGUUCGCUCAUAUGUUGACAAGCCAAAUUGUAUUCUUUUAGCUAUUACCCCGGCCAAUCAGGAUAUUGCAACAUCUGAUGCUAUAAAGAUUGCUAGAGAAGUUGACCCAACUGGUGAACGUACAAUUGGUGUGUUGACAAAGCUUGAUUUGAUGGACAAAGGAACAAAUGCUUUGGAUGUUCUGGAAGGAAGAUCUUAUCGGUUACAACAUCCUUGGGUUGGACUUGUCAAUCGUUCACAGGCCGAUCUCAAUAAAAAUGUCGAUAUGGUUGUUGCAAGGCGUAAGGAACGUGAAUUUUUUGCUACAAGUCCCGAGUAUGGACAUUUGGCCAAAAGAAUGGGUUCAGAGUAUCUAGCAAAACUACUCUCAAAGCACCUAGAGUCUGUGAUCAAGGCCCGUAUACCAGCCAUUUUGUCUUUGAUCAAUUCAAGCAUUGAUGAGCUUGAAGCAGAAAUGAGUUAUCUAGGGAAACCUGUUGCUAUUGAUGCAAGCGCGCAGUUGUAUGCCAUACUAGAGCUGUGCCGUGCUUUUGAUAGGAUUUUCAAGGAGCAUCUUGAAGGAGGGCGGCCAGGAGGAGAUCGCAUUUAUGCGGUUUUUGACUGCCAGCUCCCUGUUGCUUUAAGAAAGCUUCCGCUGGAUCGUCAUCUCGCGAUGCAAAAUGUUAGGAAGGUUGUAUCUGAGGCAGAUGGAUAUCAACCUCAUUUAAUAGCACCAGAGCAAGGUUAUAGACGGCUUAUUGAUGGUGCUCUUAAUUAUUUCAGGGGUCCUGCUGAAGCCUCAGUGGAUGCAGUCCACUUCAUCUUGAAAGAGCUGGUGAAGAAGUCAAUAGGGGAAACUCAGGAACUAAGACGCUUUCCAACUCUUCGAUCAGAGAUAGCUUCAGCUGCAAUUGAAGCAUUAGAGCAGUUCCGCGGUGACAGCAAGAAGACUGUUCUGCGGAUGGUGGAAAUGGAAUCCUCGUACCUUACUGUUGACUUUUUCCGGAAACUUCCACAAGAUGUGGAUAAGGGUGGAAGCCCGACUGCUUCAACUGCUGACCGUUACACAGAGGGGCACUUGCGUAGGAUAGGCUCAAACAUUUCCUCAUAUGUUGGUAUGGUGUCUGAUACUUUAAGGAAUACAAUACCAAAGGCUGUGGUUUAUUGUCAAGUUCGGGAAGCCAAGCGUUGUUUACUUGAUCAUUUCUAUACGCAACUGGGCAAAAUGGAGGGUCAUAAGCUCUCCCAUUUACUGGAUGAAGAUCCAGUCUUGAUGGAGAGAAGGCAGAAAUGUUCAAGAAGGCUUGAGCUUUACAAGUCUGCUAGAGAUGAAAUAGAUUCAGCAUUGUGGGAAAAAUGAUGUGAAAGGGUACAUAGUUUGCAAACUAGUUAGAAAAUGUUCUUUUUGCUCUAAACCUAGGCUUUUCAAAGCCAUAGCAUCAAGUUAUGGGUUUAAACUAAGAUACAUUAUUAAUGGUUUUGAAUUUUGAACGAUGCUCACCUUUUACCAUUGGCAGUGUAUGAAUUCUACCGGAUUCAAUUAGCUACUUUACGAA